AUGGGGUGUACAGUUAAGCUGGAGCUUGCCCAGGUUGGGGCCAAGUACCAGGAAGCUCAAGGCCCGGGCCUCCUGGUCGUCCUUUUAGCCCUGGCGCGUGCAAACCCGCCUGCAAACGUGACCUGGAUCGACCAGGAUGGGCCGGUGACUGUCAAUGCCUCUGACCUCCUGGUGCUGGCUGCCCAGAACUACCCGUGGCUCACCAAACACACCGUGCAGCUGCAGCUCCGCAGCCUGACACACAAUCUCUCCUUGGUGGCCACCAACGAUGUGGGUGUCACCAGCGCCUCGCUUCCGGCCGCAGGCCCCUCCCGGCGCCCAUCCCUGAUCCCUAGUGACUCCAACAACCUGAAAUUCAACAACGUGCGCCUGCCGCGGGAGAACAUGUCCCUCCCACCCCACCUGCAGCUCAGUGACCUCACUCCAGACUCCAGAGGGAAACCAGCAGACCAGCAGAUGGCUCAGGACAACAGCCAGCCAGAGUUUCUGGAUCCGGAGCCCGGCGGCCUCCUCAGCAGCCGAGGUUUCAUCCGUCUCCCAAUGCUGGGCUACAUUUAUCGGGUGUCCAGUGUGAGCAGUGAUGAGAUCUGA